CUAAACAGGAGUCAAGUAGUUUGACUGAUGUCCAGAGGCGUACCGCUGUUGUGUUUCACAGCUUUCCUUUCUCUCAGCCAGGCAGGCGUGUGAAACUAAGCGAGGGUCUCCGCAUUUGAUCGUGAAAUUUAAGCGUUUAUAGCGGCGAAGUUGUCAAAUUGAUUUUUUUGUUUUGGUUGUUUCGUACAGUGUGUUAUAAAGGGACUUUUAUUCAUUGGACUGAGUGCGUUUGCACUGCAGUGAGUGAGUGAAUGGAGAUUCACCUCCACUUUUAAACCAUGUUGCAAACUUUUUUCCGGCAACAAUUGAAUUAAACUUUUUAAUAUCAAACGUUCCACAGACAAUAUAUCGCCUUCAUGAAUUGCGUUAUCACCAUGACUGAUGAAAGCAAAGGAGAACACGGGAAAGGCGAAAGCGGGAAAGAUUUGGAGAAACAGCUACGUCUGAGAGUGUGUGUUUUGAACGAACUUCUGAAGACUGAACGGGAUUAUGUCGGGACACUCGAGUUCCUUUCAGUGUUUCUCCACCGCCUCAACCAGUAUGCAGCCACGAAGAUCGACAAGAACGUCACAGAGGAAACUGUUAAGGUGCUGUUCUCUAACCUGGAGGAAAUCCUGUCUGUGCACCGUAACUUCCUGUCCAUGGUAGAAGAGCUGCUGCAGCCAGACCCCCACGCUCACCACGAAGUGGGCCGCUGCUUCCUGCACUUUAGGAGUGGUUUUCAGAUCUAUGAUGAGUACUGUGGGAACCAUGAGAAAGCUCAGAGAUUACUGCUGGAACUCAACAAAAUCAGGACCGUCAGAACAUGCUUACUGGUGAGGAACCGGUGUGUGUGUCUCAGCGGGGGCAAGAAUACAGUUAGAGGUUGCCAUUUCCAGGGCUACCUGGUCGCUCCCAUUCAGAGGAUCUGCAAGUAUCCACUGCUGCUCAGGGAGCUGCUAAAGAGGACUCCUAAGAAACACAAUGACUACUCCCUGGUGCUGGAGUCUCUGCAGGUCAUGAAGGCUGUCUGUUCCUCCAUCAACGAGGCCAAGAGACAGAUGGAGAAGCUAGAGGUGCUGGAGGAGUGGCAGUCCCACAUCGAGGGAUGGGAGGGUUCCAAUAUAACAGACACGUGUACAGAGAUGUUGAUGCAUGGAGUCCUGCUGAAGAUCUCAGCGGGUAACAUCCAGGAACGCAUCUUCUUCCUCUUCGACAACCUGCUGGUCUACUGCAAGAAGAAAAACAGGCGUUUAAAAAACAGCAAGGCAGCUACAGAGGGGCCGCGUUACCUGUUCAGAGGAAGAAUCAACACCGAGGUGAUGGAGGUGGAGAACGUAGAUGACGGAACAGCGGAUUACCACAGCAGCGGGAACAUAGUGAACAACGGCUGGAAGAUCCACAACACAGCCAAGAACAAGUGGUUUGUGUGCAUGGCCAAGACCCCAGAGGAGAAACAGGAGUGGCUGGAGGCUAUCCUCAAAGAGAGGGAGAGGAGAAAAACGUUGAGGCUGGGGAUGGAGCAGGACACGUGGGUGAUGGUGUCAGAGAAAGGAGAGAAGCUCUAUCACCUGAUGACUAAGCAGGGACACCUCAUCAAGGACAGGAAACGCAAGCUCACCACAUUCCCCAAGUGCUUCCUGGGAAGUGAGUUUGUGAGCUGGCUGGUGGACAUCGGGGAGACUGAUAACCCAGAGGAGGGGGUUCAUCUGGGACAGGCUCUACUGGAGAAUGGCAUCAUACACCAUGUCACAGACAAACACCAGUUCAAGCCAGAGCCGGUGCUGUACCGUUUCCGCUACGACGACGGGACCUACCACCCCAGGAGUGACAUGCAGGACGUCAUCUCCAAGGGUGUCAGACUCUUCUGCAGGCUCCAUAGUCUCUUCACUCCGGUCAUCAGGGACAAGGACUACCACCUGAGAACGUACAAGUCGGUGGUGAUGGCCAACAAGUUGAUAGACUGGCUCAUAGCACAAGGGGACUGCAGGACGAGGGAGGAGUCGUUGAUCUUGGGGAAGGAGCUGUGUGACAAUGGCUUCAUGCACCACGUGUUGGAAAAGAGUGAGUUCAAAGACGAGCCUCUGCUGUCGUUUUUUGCGGAUGAGGAGAUGGAGGGAUCAAACACCAAACACAAGCAAGCCAUGAAGCACGACCUGAAGAUAGCUGAGAAUGUCAUCGCCAAGUCGCUGUUGAUAAGACCCAGUGAAGGAGGUUAUGGUUUCAGCCUGGAGGACAGAAACAGAGUACCCAUCAUCAAGUCAGUGGAGAAGGGCUCGCAUGCGGAGAUGGCAGGUCUAGAGGUCGGGAGGAAGGUGUUUUGUAUAAAUGGAGACCUGGUGUUCCUGAGGCCCUUCCCGGAGAUGGAGGCUUUCCUCAAACACUGUUUCACCAGCAAGGGACCUCUCAGAGUGCUGGUUAGCACCAAGCCUAGAGAGACAGUGAAGAUCCCAGACUCAGCAGACGGACUGGGAUUCCAGAUCAGGGGCUUUGGCCCUUCUGUGGUGCACGCUGUUGGCAGAGGCACGGUGGCAGCCAUCGCAGGGCUCCACCCUGGCCAGUGUAUCAUCAAGGUGAACAACAUCAACGUCAGUAAAGAGAGCCACGCCAGCGUCAUUGCACACGUUACUGCCUGUAGGAAAUACAGAAGACCCACACAGGUAAUACUGAGAGGAGAGGAGAGUACUAGAACACCAGUCCCCCCCCCCCCACCCAGUGUCUUAUCCCAACCCAGUGUCUCCCACAACAGCCCCACAGUGAGCAGUGAGCCAGGGGUCAGUCCUGCUCUCUUCUACAGGAGCCAAUACUAUUCAGAACAGCCCAACUAUCAGCCCGACUAUCAGCCCGACUAUCAGCCCGACUAUCAGCCCCACUAUCAGCCCCACUAUCAGCCCCACUAUCAGCCCCACUAUCAGCCCCACUAUCAGCCCCACUAUCAGCCCCACUAUCAGCCCCACUAUCAGCCCGACUAUCAGCCCCACUAUCAGCCCGACUAUCAGCCCCACUAUCAGCCCCACUAUCAGCCCCACUAUCAGCCCCACUAUCAGCCCGACUAUCAGCCCCACUAUCAGCCCCACUAUCAGCCCCACUAUCAGCCCCACUAUCAGCCCCACUAUCAGCCCCACUAUCAGCCCCACUAUCAGCCCGACUAUCAGCCCGACUAUCAGCCCCACUAUCAGCCCGACUAUCAGCCCCACUAUCAGCCCCACUAUCAGCCCGACUAUCAGCCCCACUAUCAGCCCCACUAUCAGCCCCACUAUCAGCCCCACUAUCAGCCCGACUAUCAGCCCCACUAUCAGCCCCACUAUCAGCCCGACCCGACUAUCAGCCCCACUAUCAGCCCCACUAUCAGCCCCACUAUCAGCCCGACUAUCAGCCCGACUAUCAGCCCGACUAUCAGCCCCACUAUCAGCCCCACUAUCAGCCCCACUAUCAGCCCCACUAUCAGCCCGACUAUCAGCCCGACUAUCAGCCCCGAGCCCGACUAUCAGCCCCACUAUCAGCCCCACUAUCAGCCCCACUAUCAGCCCCACUAUCAGCCCCACUAUCAGCCCCACUAUCAGCCCCACUAUCAGCCCCAGCCCGACUAUCAGCCCGACUAUCAGCCCGACUAUCAGCCCGACUAUCAGCCCCACUAUCAGCCCCACUAUCAGCCCCACUAUCAGCCCCACUAUCAGCCCGACUAUCAGCCCCACUAUCAGCCCCACUAUCAGCCCCACUAUCAGCCCCACUAUCAGCCCCACUAUCAGCCCGACUAUCAGCCCGACUAUCAGCCCCACUAUCAGCCCCACUAUCAGCCCGACUAUCAGCCCGACUAUCAGCCCCACUAUCAGCCCGACUAUCAGCCCGACUAUCAGCCCCACUAUCAGCCCCACUAUCAGCCCGACUAUCAGCCCCACUAUCAGCCCCACUAUCAGCCCCACUAUCAGCCCGACUAUCAGCCCCACUAUCAGCCCCACUAUCAGCCCGACUAUCAGCCCCACUAUCAGCCCACUAUCAGCCCCACUAUCAGCCCGACUAUCAGCCCGACUAUCAGCCCCACUAUCAGCCCCACUAUCAGCCCCACUAUCAGCCCCACUAUCAAGGUGAUGGAUAAGUUCAACACCAUCGCUAUCAUUGACGGUAAGAAGGACCACGUGAGUCUGACCGUAGACAACGUUCAUCUGGAGUAUGGAGUGGUGUACGACUACGACAGCACCGCCGGGAUCAAGUGUAGAGUCCUGGAGAAGAUGGUGGAGCCAAAAGGAUUCUUCAGCCUCACAGCCAAGAUCCUGGAGGCGCUGGCGCAUAGUGAUGACACGCUGGUUCAGAUGUGCAGUAGACUGAGCUCCAGCUGUGACGUCAUCCCAGAGAACCUGCAGGUCCGCUUCAGCGCCAUGUGUGGAGAGCGGGUGGAGCACAUCAACAGACGUAUCACCAACUACAGAAAGUUCUCGCGGGUGUUGAAGAACAGGGCGUGGCCCACCUUCAAGCAGGCCAAAACCAAGGUGUCCCCGCUCCACAGCAGCGACUUCUGCCCCACCAACUGCCAUGUGAACGUGAUGGAGGUGUCCUACCCCAAAACCACCACCUCUCUGGGCAGCGCCUUCGGAGUGCAGCUGGACAACAGGAAGAGCUCCACCCUGGAGAGAGGAGGUCGUAACGCCGAACAAGGUAAGCUGAACCCCAUGGUGUACGUACAACACACCAUCACCAGUAUGGCAGCUCCGUCAGGUCACAGUCUGGGUCGUACGGAGGGUCACGGCCUCCGCUUCCUGCUCCGGGAGGAUGACCUGCUGGUCUUGGACUCCUACCAGAAACUACUAGGCAAGCUGACCACGCUGGUGAAAGAGAUGGAGGGCCACGCCUCACAGAUACACGACCUCCUCUCCUCCAUCACCCUCCCCCCUGCCUCAGACAUGAAGACCCCAGAGAGUUACAUCUCAGCGGAGAGCGAAGGAGAGCGAGGAGGAGAGAAGAACGGAAAGAAGGUGUGUUUCAACGUUGCCGGAGACGAACAGGAGGACUCAGGACACGACACCAUCAGCAACAGAGACUCCUACAGUGACUGUAACAGCAACAGGAACUCCAUAGCUUCCUUCACCAGUAUCUGUAGCAGCCACUGCAGCUCCUAUGUUCACAGUGAUGAGAUGGACUCAGGAGACGAGAUGCCUGCCAGUGUAUGGAUAUCUCAUGAUAAGCAGAAGAAACUACACAGCUUUCUGGAGCAUCUCUUCAGCCAGGUGGAGUCCAUCACCAGUCUGCUGAAGGGAGCGGUGGUGGCCAAGGCCUUUGAACAGACCAAGUGUUUCACACCUGGACGAGGACUGCAAGAGUUCCAGCAGGAGAUGGAUCCUCGGGUUAACUGUACCAAGAAGCUCCGUGUCCACAUCAAGCAGGACCCAUGGAACCUCCCCAGCAGCGUACAGGCCCUCACACACACCAUCGCCAAGUUCGUUGAAGAGGUGAAGACACGACUGCUCUUGGUCCUACUACAAUACACAGACUCAGAGAUCCAGUUGAGAAGAGAUAUGGUAUUCUGUCAGUCUCUGGUAGCAGCUGUUUGUGCCUUCUCCCAACACCUACUGGCUGUUCUCAACCAGACCCAGGGAUCAGGCAGGGAGGCAGACCCAGAGGCCCCGGACCCCCAGGACCCUCAGGAGGCAAGCCGACGGUGGCUGGAACAGAUAGCCUCCGCUGGGCUACUUCUCCACUUCCAGUCCCUCCUCUCUCCCAACCUGACUGAUGAGCAGGCCAUGUUGGAGGAUACUCAGGUAGCUCUGAUUGACUUGGAGAAAGUCACCUUCUACUUCAGAGAGUUUGAAGGAGAACCACUAGUUGCAAACAUGCCCAUGUCGUAUGAGGUGGAGGGGACCCGCCAGGCCCUGAAGGUCUGUUUCUACCUGGAGACAUUCUACUUCUCCCAGCUACCCCAGCGCCUCCGGAACGGAGGAGGCUUCAAGAUCUACCCUGCCCUGUUCACCCAGGCUCUAGAGAGUAUGGAAGGGUAUUACUACAGGGAUAGCGUGUCUGUAGAGGAAUACCAGGCUCAGAUUAACUCUGCCUCGCUGGACAAAGUCAAACAGUACUACAAGAGACUGAGGGCUUUCUACCUGGAUAAGUCCAACCUUCCCCCCAGCUCCACACCUAAAGCUGCCCUCAUAGACAAGUUGAUGCGUCCUCUGAAUGCUCUGGAGGAGUUGUACCGGCUGAUGGAGAGUUUCAUCUCCUCCCGUCGCACGGCAGCCUGUCAGUAUACAGCCUGUGGGGCGUCAGGAGUCGGCCUGCUUACCGUGGCAUCAGAACUCUGCUCUCGCCUCGGAGCCACACACAUCGUCAUGUGCAACAGCGGCGUGCACCGCUGUACCCUGAGUGUGACCCUGGAACAGGCAAUCCUAUUGGCUCGAAGCCACGGCCUUCCCCCACGAUGCAUCAUGCAGGCUACUGACGUCAUGAGGAAACAGGGGGCGAGAGUUCAGAAUUCAGCCAAGAACCUGGGAGUGAGAGACCGCACUCCGUCCUCUGUACCUAGACUGUAUAAGCUGUGCCAGCCUCCACCCCCAGAGGGUGAUUCCUAAUUCCCUAGUUCCUGUAUGGAGCUGUCCAGUCCAGCGAAGCUCUGCUCACCCUUCUUCCUGAUCCAUUCCUUAGAAGACUUCUCUCUUUCUACCACUGAAGAAUCACCCUAGGGAUGUGUCCCAAAUGGCAUCCUGUUCUCUAUUUAGUGCACCACUUUGGACCAGGACCCAAAAUGCUCACACUCGUGAGUUCAGUGGGUUCCAAUAGGGCUCUGGUCCAAAGUAGUGCACUAUAUAGGGUAUAGGGUGCCAUAUGGGACAUAGACCUGGAAACAGAACAUUUUCUCUCAUCGACAGCCAGCUUGCCUUUUCAAAAUGCCCACACUCAGUCACUCAACAGUGGGCUCAGUGGUUUCACAAUUUGUAAAUAGUGAAUUUUUAAUACUCUAUUUCUCUCUCCGCUAUUGUGCUGUACUUUAUAGCUGAUUUUAAAAUGGAUUUAUAUAUUUGUCUUGUGUCCAGCUACAUUGCAUCUCAUUUAACAUUAAUAGUGUUUUAUAAUGGAACAACAACAGAGCCUGAGAUUGGUGCCUUGAGGCUGACGUCCAACCAGCCAACUGAAAUGGAAUGCAGCCUAUCCAUCGAUGUUCUUUCUUUCUGCAAAUAACUAUCAUGGAAUGAAAAUUAGCUGUUUUGUUAUCACAAAGUUAAGGAAAUGACCAUUCCAUGACCUGACUGAUGUUGUUUGAUAUUUGUUUGGAUAUGGUGUGAAAAUGGAAUGAGAUUAUAUGAGUUGUGGGGCAAUAUUGCUGUGCCCCAUUUGCACAGUAAUUUAUUUUCCUUUCUCUCCAACUUGCUCAUUCCAGAUAAUGCAUUCAUGGCUAUGUUGAUAACCAUGCGAAUGUUGUUGUAACAUUGAUCAUAGCGAUACUGUAAAAUGACGUGUAGAUAUGCAGGUAUGACACCUUGAACACUACCAUGUAGCCUUGUAGACACUCUAGUUUCAUACCCUCUCUAGAGUCCCAGGCCGCAUUCCAAUCUAAAUCAGCACCUUUGCCUCCUCCCUUCUCUUGGAGUGAGCCCUCCAGUGACGUGUCUAUGACGUUUCCCCGAGGGAGUGGAGUGGAGGAGGGAAGGGAUCACAAGUGAAGUGGAUUAAGACGCACCUAAAGAUUAGUAAGUGACCACUACAAGGUGCAGUGUAGCUCGUGUGUUUUCCAUUCUGCAGUCUCUGUGCCUUAAUGAUGGUAUAUUACAGAUAUGAACAUGAUCAUCUAUACACACAUGAAGUGACCCCCUGAUAUGAAGAGGUUCCUACAUGAACCAUCAGUAUUAAAACAGCACUCCAAGCUUAUGUAAGUAGAGCUAUGAAAUAUAUAUAAAUAUACUUAAAUAUUGUAUAUUGCCAGUACUCAGGAGCUAAGUAUUAUUCUGUAUUUAGGUAUUACUUACAGUAUCAUUUCUAUAUUGGUAACAACAUUAUAGAGUUGGUUAAUUACUGGACUAUACAAACAUGGAAUAUCAAACUGCAUAGAUGAGCUUGGAUACACUCCAAAUGGCGCUCUAUUCCCUAUUUAGAGACCUAUGGAGCCUGGUCUAAAGUAGUGCACUGUAUAGGAAAUAGGGUGCCAUUUGGGACUCGGCCUUCUGUUUGACAGCUGUCCCCAUAUAUCUGUCAAUGUCUUACUGUAAACACAGUGUUUGAAAUAAGUACCUUUUCUAAUAUUGCAUAAUGAAGGUGCCUGUUUGCCAUAUAGCAGCUUAUAAUGUGUUGAGGAGAAAACACAUUAAAAGAAAGAGAAAUGUAAAGAUGCAACUGUAAAAAAAGAAGAUAAACACCAAUAGCCAUGUUUGUUUGUUUGACUGAAAAUUACUGUAAUUUAUUUUCAUAUUAUGAGACUGACCCUCCAUAGUUGCCAUAUACACAAUGUACUUUCUCUCGUUUGAAACCAAUUUUCUCUGUAUUACUUUUAAAUAUACAAUGUUACGCUGUAGUCAUUAAUUUCAAUUAAACCAAUUUAAAGGAGACAUCCUGAA